CGUGCCCGAGGUGCCGUGCGGGGCUUGGCUUUGCGCAACGGUGCUGUUUUCUUGCGCCUUGGGGUUGCUUGUGCAUGGGUGGGAGCUUAUAGGGUUGGAGUUUUUGCAUCUGUUUUUGUUACGUCUAUUUCUUUCGGGAUUAUUUUAAAGGAAGACAUGGUUAUCAAGGUCUUUAUUGCAACGCAGUCCGGUUCCACGGCGAUCAAGAAGAAACAACAGGAUGUUCUCGGCUUCUUAGAAGCCAAUAAAAUAGACUUCAAAGAAAUGGAUAUAGCAGCAAAUGAGGACAACCGAAAGUGGAUGCGGGAAAAUGUUCCCGGGGAAAAGCGCCCUCAGAACGGUAUUCCUCUUCCGCCACAGAUAUUUAAUGAUGAGCUGUAUUGUGGGGAUUUCGAUGCUUUUUUCAAUGCCAAAGAGGAUAAUGGAGUUUACGCAUUUCUUGGCCUGACACCACCACCUGGUUCAAAGGAAGCACAUCAGGCUGCAAUCAUCCAGAACGGUGAAGUUCCAGAAAAUAAAACAAUCCUUCCCUUGCAUAGAACCACCGAAGAUCAGCUCGGAGAAAAUAAUGAAAUGUUGCAUAAUCACUUUGAGCGGUCAACAGAUAUAAAUGAAAACAUUGAGAGUGAAACUGCAAAGGACGAGGAGUCUGCUCAGCAAAUGGUUGAGCCAGAAGACCAUGUAGGAGAAUCUCUCAAACCUGAGUCGACUCCUGAAGGCGAAUUGGUGGAAAAAGAGGACAAGGAAGAAGAGGAACCAGUUUCAGAGAAUGAAGAAGAGCAGCCUGUAACUGAGGAGGAGGAAGAUGAAGAACCAGUGACUGAGGAUGAAGCGGAUGAAUCUUAAAACAAUGUUUUUGCUUUUGUAUGAUUUCCUCUGCAAGGGUUUAAGGAAGCCGAAGCUCUUGCAGAACAGCAACAAGUGUAGGAACUUGAACCAGGAACAUUGGACCACCCAUGGUAAUCUCAGAAAAACAUUGGCGCUGCCCAAAAAAGCUCUUCAUUUCAACGCAUGAAUUUCAACAGAGGCAUAGCUUUCGAACCUCCACUCCCUUUUGCAAACGCUGAGCCUCAACCAAACUAGCCCCUCCGUUUUGUAGAUGAUUUAGAUUCAGUGGACUUUUUAGAUGCAAAACUAAGUUUUUGGAAGUUAAUGCAAGCAGUCCGAUUUUCUAAGGCAUGGUUAAGCUCUGCUUCUGUUUCUGGAAAUUUCUUCCUUGGAAAUGCCAAUUAGAGCCUUAAAUCAAAGCUUUCCUCAAAAAAAAAUACUGCCAAUUAUUGCAAAAUUUUGCAUCAUCUUAAUUUUGCCGAGUUGCCUAUUUUCCCCUCUUUUUAUCUGCCGGUGUUCCUUUCACUGAAAUCAGUUGCUGUGAAUGUUGGAGAGUAAUUACUGAUAAAUGAUGCAAUGAAUUUUUUUUAUAUAAAAUUGUCUGUCAUGAUUUAUUUUAAUUUUGCACAACAUAAUUUACAUUCAUCCCCAAAUCUGACCGUGCAUGUUGAUUCCAGUUCUACGUAGCAGAUUUGUUUCUAUCUUGAGGUAUGCAGCCCGAAAUUAGUUCUCCAUUCUCAAUUCUUACAGCAACACCUUUUCCAAUUUCAUGUUGAGGUCUAUUUCAAGUAAGUAAAAUACUCAAAACUUCCUGCAGCAAAGUAUGUAUUCUUCACAUUACAAAGCAAUUUUAAAAUUGUUAGGUUAUGUAAAACUAAAAUGCACAGUUAAUUAGCAACAGUUCUCCUCCAGACACAUGACUACUGAUAUGAAUAUUGGCAGGCAAAUUUUAAUAAUAUGUGCCUCAUAGGUCUUUGCCCAAUACUACACCUAACAAUUGAAGCAGAUAGAUUGGUUGAUUUAUUUGUUUAACCCUGUUGCAUUCAAUAUUGAGGGAGAGUGCAGAGCACACCAGGAGGGCAAGCAUGCAGGAUAUUCAACUGAAUUUUAUUGCUAAUACUGCUUAUACAAUAUGUGAAGUCCCCCAUGUGGGAGCAGCUAACUGAGUGACAUGGGAUUAACCUAUUAAGGGCACUGCUAGAGCCACGGCAGGCAGCAAUGCCAAGCAGGAAACAACAUCUUUCUGUAAGUCUCACUGGAAGUCGGGGAGAAAGCUAAUAUUCCAGAUCUCUGAAAGUUUAUUAAUGCUUCAGGUUCCCUCCUUGCCUGGCAUAUCUCCAGCUUUUUCUGCUUUUUAUUUCAGAUUUCUCUUCCUUUUGCAUUUGGGCAAUGUUUCUGUGAUAUUUUUCACAAUGACAAAUGUCCCGGGAAAAAAAGAACAAACUUGAUCUUGAACUUGAACAGCAUUAUGCUGUUUGAAUAAUAUUUAGUUAAAAUGUGAGAUAACUAAGAAUUAAAUAUAGUCUCUCUGAUUCAUAACCAAGAGUUUGAUCAAGUUUAGAGCAUUAAUUAAUUUGGGAUGCCAAUAAAAACU